AUGUCGGAACAAUCGCCCCAUGAAAAUAUAGAAAGCCUCAAAGCAGACAAUGCUUCAAUUGAUAAGGAAGAUCAACUCAAUCAGAAUUCUUUUCCAAUCAAAGACCCAAUGAUAGUAGACGACAAGGAAGAAAUCCAACCAACACAGGAGACUGCAGAUCAUUCCCAGCGGCAAACCCAGAGUAAUUUGAUUAUCAUAGAGGUAGAACGCAAAUUUCAAGAUUCAAAGGAUGUUAUUCUCGACAUGAUUCACGAGAUUACCCAUCUUCAGAGGGAACAAGAGCUUGCAAAAUAUCAUGAAAUGUGCAACAAGGAAUCUUCAAAACCAUCUGUUACCGAGGUGGCCUCCCUGUCCUCUCUCGUCCGAAAACAUGAGUUGGAACGAGAAAAGAUGGAAAAUCAGUACAAAGAAAGAAUCAAGGAGGUUUCUAACGAAAGGGAUUUGUUAAUGCGCGAGUCUCUUGAAACAAAGCUUCAUCUUGAGGCCAACAUGUCCAUUGUGGAGAAAAUUAAGUUGAUAGCCAAUUUGUCAGGCUACCAUCAAGAAAAAGAAAAGUAUGAGAAUACGUUAGAGAAAGUGAAUCUUGAAAUGGAACUGCUUCUAUCCAAAGUGAAAACCUUUGAGGAGAAUGCAUCUGUAAUGACCUCGGAACAAGAGAACACCAGACUUCGGGUUGAGAUGCUUGAAAAAUUGUUGACCAAAACAAUGGAGGAAAAUGCCAAGCUCUAUGAUGAGAACAUGAGUCUCAGAAAACAUCUUGCCCAAUAA